AGUUCGCAAGCGGGCGGCAGCAACUGUUUUCGUGUUCCGCAAGUUUGUUCCGAUUUUCCCGGCGCGACGCGUGUCCCAGUGCAAGUGGGCCACUUUCUGCGCGGUGGUCACAAUGGUUACCAUCCAAAGCAUCAAGGAGCAGUUUGACGAGUUCGGGCUGGAACCGUCCGACGAGAUUGUUGAGAAAUGCAUUCAAAUCUGCAACCGGCACGGUGUCGUCGAUCCGGUCGAGUUUGUCGAGCAAUGGUUCGCGUACAGCUGCUCCAAGUUGGGCGGGGCGGAACCGACGCUCGAUAACCUGCGGGACAUGGAGUCGCACGAGUACGCGAAUCGGUCACGCAAAACGGCGGCCAAUCCGUCGCUGGCUCGGGUACGACACGGUGAGGUCGCCGUUGUGGCCAGUUCUAGCGGGAGUGGUGGUUCCCGGGCAUCCACCUCCGGGCUGGAGGCGGGUGAUUUGUCCGGACGCAGUGGUGGUGGCGGAGGUGGUGGUUCGGGAGGAUUGGUGAUUUACAGUAAUGCCGAGGAGAAUGAGGUCGAGAACGAGGUGCUCGGUUCGUACGGAUGUCACACGCCAAAGACCAAGAAACGGCCCGUGUCCCGACUGCUGGCCCAAACCCCGGACAAACCCAACAAGGCUCAAUUCGCUCCGGCCAGUUACUCUCCGAUUGCCCCCUCGAAGAAGUCCGCCGACGAGGAACAACCCAGCAAUUCCGGCAAUGUCGUGUACACCUUCGGCAACGCGUUCCUGCUCAAGCAGACCAGCUGGAGCUCGUCGGCGACCGCAGGCGCCCGUCCCGCGCUAUCGAUUCUGGCCCAGAUGCAUCAGCGAUCGGCAAAGGCCGCCGUAGCGUCCGACGACCUGCCCAAGUGCAUGGGCGAUGCGUGCAAGUACAUGUACGACUCGAACUACGACCGGGUGCUCAUCUUGGGCGAUCGGAUCUACGAGGGAGGUCGCGAGAUCUGCCAGCGGUUGGCCGAAGCGAGAAAGCAGCAGCGGGAGAGAGAGAGUGGGGCUUCAGCAGAAGAGGAGGUCAUUCCGGAGGAUGAUCGGGAGGCGACGCUGCUGGAACAGGUUGCGAUUCAUCACGUGGACUACCCGAGCACGGACGUGAUUACGGUGCUGGGACGGAUCGCCGUGCAUCCGGAACGGCAGGAAGGUGGUCGGUUGGCCAUCGUGGACUACGACGAGAUGACGCUGCGCUACACGAAGCUGGAUUUCAGCAAGCUCAAGUCCUGGUCCGUGUUCCCCGGAGAAACGGUUGUACUGGAAGGGGUCAACCCUAGGGGAAACCUGUUCGAGGUGCGCAAGGUUCACUACGAAGUGCCACUUGCCCCACCACCAGCUCCCACCACACUCGGCAAGCCACUGCACAUGGUCAUCGGAGCGGCGCCCUUCACCGACAAGGACAACCUUCAGUACGACAAACUGUCCGACCUGCUCGCCUAUUGCGCCGAGAACAACCCGGAUGUCCUCAUCCUAACCGGACCCUUCGGCAGUACCAGCAACGACACCCUCUUCCUCACGAUCGCCGAGUCCUUCGAAGAAUACUUUGAAAAGAUCAUGGCCAACAUCGUAACCUCCGUUCCCCCAACCACCGAAAUCCUGAUCGUCUCCAACCACGACGACCUGCAAUCCUCCUUCGUCUACCCUUCCUUCCCGUACAAAAUCUCCAAAUUCUACAAGAACCUGCACUUCCUCCCGGACCCGUGCGUCGUCUCCAUCAACGGAAUGCACGUCGCCAUCACCACCGUCGACGUCGUCCGGGACCUCUCCGAAGCGGAGCUGAGCGUCGCCCCGUCCGGGGACAAAAUCAAGCGUGCCUUCAACUACAUGUUCCACCACCGCUCGUUCUACCCGCUCAACCCGCCGCCGGAGAGUGUCCCCCUGGACGUGGACCUGCUGCACCACUUUGGCACGCUGCCGCGCGUUCCCAACGUGAUGAUCUGCCCCGGCGACCUAAAACCGUACGUGCGGGACGUCAACGGGUGCGUGUGCGUAAAUCCGGGCCACCUGACGGACUACGACAGCGGGGAGGGCACGUUUGCCCGGGUUGUGGUGCAUCCGCCGGAGGAGCCGACGGCGGCGCCCUUCAGCUACGUGGCCUGCCAGGUGGUCAAGUCGUGAGUUGAAGUUGAGAAAUUGUUGUUCUGUUUGGAAAGUGUCUUUUGUACAGUGAAUGUGGAAAAAUAAAACAAUGAUUUUCAUGUUCUAAGGCA